AUGACGCACUUUAAAGACGUCUUCAGGCUGUCCAGUGAACCUCAAUUCGGUGUAUUUCUUCGUAGAUGCUGCCACUACGGACGUCUGGAGGUCGUAAAAACUGCUCUCAAGCAGUGGUUGGAUACCUCCAGCAAAAAUAAGCGUCCUUUAAACGGACCUCUAGGUCUUCGGCUCCUGGAGGCGUUCGAGGGCGAGUCUGACUGGGCAUUCAUGGCUGAAGUGUUCGAAAUGAUCGAUUUCUCGUUUGCACGAGACGAAUGUGGCCGCAAGGCAAUCGUGGCAUCUGUUUCGCGCGCCUAUAAAGCGCUUGGUCAACCGGAACGUGCAAAGCGAGCCGAGAAAUUAUUGACCGUAGCCGCCGAAAGGCGUCAGAAACAAUGGCGUCAACGCAAGUCGAUGAAGCAGGAGGGGCGGAACUUCGAGUCGAGACGUACUCGUAGAGUGUCAGAAACACGAACUGCUUCCGUUUCCUCAGCACCCAUAAUGAUCAACGGUAUCCCUGUCAUCUCCUCGUCGUCGUAG